AAUAAGAAAAAGAAAAAAAAAGAUUAAGACAUUAAUAGGAAAAGAGAGAGUUUACUAAAUUGAAGGAAGAAGAAAUGAUGACCAAAGAAAUUGGAAAUUUAUGGACAAAAAAUCAGAUACAAAAACGCCUCUCCUCUCCCUUCCCUCUCCUCCCGCUGCUCUAACCUCAGGGCAGCCACCUUCUCUUCUUCACCAAUCAAUAAUCCCUCAAAAAUUUGCCUUCAUCGCCGCCACCGCCACCGCCGCCGCCUCCUCCUCCCAAUGCCGCCACCUUCAACUCUUCCUUCUCUUCUCUGCAUCUCUCUCCUCCUCCUCCUCCUCCUUCCAAUCGUCUUAUCGCAUCAACAAUCCCCUUCCAAUGCCGGAAAUACUCAAUCCACCGCGACGGCAAAUCAAUCGCCGCCAUCACCGCCGACCCCGCUGCCGCCUCGACGCUCUGCGCCUUUCUUCGCUCGCGAAUUCCUGUUAGCGCACAACAAAGUAAGGAUGAACGUGACGCAUCCUCUGUUAAAUUGGGACAAAAAAUUAGCUCGAUACGCCCGUCGCUGGGGAAUGAAACGCGUCGCCGAUUGCAAAAUGAUCCAUUCCUACGGUCCCUAUGGUGAGAAUCUGUUUUGGGGAGCGCUCGAUCACUGGACGCCGACGGAAGCGGUGGAAUCGUGGUCGAGGGAGAAGCAAUUUUACGAUGUUCAACAUAACGCCUGCUCUGGCGGCCAAAUGUGCGGGCAUUAUACACAAAUCAUUUGGAGAGAUUCUCUCAAACUUGGAUGCACUCGCGUCAAGUGUCAAACUGGAGGCGUUUUGAUGAUUUGUGAGUACGAUCCGCCUGGAAAUUACGUCAAUGAGAGCCCAUUCGACACCAUCCACGGCGGAGCCGCAGCCACAGCCACCGCUAAUCCGAAUGCGCCUGGAACUGUACCGACACCGCCGUCUAAGGUAUCAGCCGGCUCGCCUCACCGGAAAAUGGCGGAAUGAAGUUUCGAAAUGAUUAGGGAUUAUUGCUGUAAAGCUAAACUCCUAAGAAGCGGAUAGAAAAAGGUAUUUAAUAGGUUUUCUUCUUUUGAUUUUGCU